AGUAUAGUGGCUUUAGUAAUAUAAGGUUUUGUGUCUCUAUAGUUACCGUUUCUAUGGCAAUAUCAACGUCAUUAUGUGAAUAAUUAAUUAAGAGGAACAACUGCUGGAGAGAGAAGAGAAGGGCUUAUCACUUGAAGAAUUCGUAGAAAUGGAUGGAUUUGACUUUGAUAUGUGUCUUGAAUAUGCUAAGCUAGCAGAACAAGCGGAGAGAUUUGAAGACAUGAAAGAAGCAACGAAAAAGAUGACGGAAUUGAAUCCAGACAUUUUCAUAAAGAAGGACGAAGAAUCUGAAGCUAGAGGUGCAGAAUGUCGAAACCUUCUCUCCGUCGCUUAUAAGAAUUUGGUCGGCUCACGGAGGACGGCUUUGAGGAUCUUGGCUAGUAUUGAGGACUCGAAAGACCCUGACAGUAACGAAAAGAAGUUUGUACAAGAGUACACAAAGAGAAUACAAGAGGAGUUGAAGGGGGGGUGCAAUGAAAUUAUUGGUAUUAUUGACAGUAAAUUUUCAGAUGACACUAAGAAUGAGAAUCAAGUCUUCUUCUUAAAAAUGAAAGGAGAUUACUAUAGAUAUAUGGCAGAGAUUCCAACUGAAGAUGCUAUAGAAAAUUCAAAGAAGGCUUACGAGAAAGCAUACGAACUUGCCAAGGAUUUGACUAAUCCAAGCCAUCCAAUACGCCUCGGACUUGCUCUCAAUUUUUCCGUCUUUUAUUACGAGAUUGCUAAAGAAGUGAACAAAGCUUGUGAGCUCGCCAAAGAGGCAUUUGAAAAUGCUAUAAGUGACAUGGAAGGCAGUGACUCCUCCGAUUACAGAGAUAGUUCACUUAUUCUGCAACUUCUUCGGGACAAUCUGAGCCUCUGGACUAGCGAAGAGAGAGAAGAUGAAGAUGACCAAUAACGUAGCUACCUUUCCUUCCCCUCCUCAGAUAUUCUUUCAACAAUUAUUAAUAAUAAUUAUCAUAGUACAGUAAAAGCAAAGAGUAAACAGUCAAAUCUAGAGACUAGGUUUUAUUUUUGUUAUUAAACUGCUAAUCAAUUAUCCACGUAUUAUCAAUUUUUUUUCUUUUAAAUGAUAUUAUUUUUCUACCUUUUUAAAAUCAGUUUUAAUACCACAA